GCAGAGGGUGUCGAUGACAAAGCGGCCGCGGGUGCCCAGCGGACGCCGAAGGAAUUUUUGAUUUUCGACCAGUUUUGGAAGACCCUGAAGCCUCAGCUGCGAGGCAGAGAGUGCCCGCGCGAAGCGCUGCAAAGUUUCGGCGACCUUUGGCGUGUUGUUCGUCGCCACAACCUCUAUCGCCCGCGGGAAGAUCCUUGCGGGCGUCAGAGCAAAGCUUUGGGAGGUUCCGUGGCUCUGCUCCUGAAGCGGCUGCAGACCGGAGCCCCGCAUGAGAAUCUUUCUUGGUCCUGCCUGGAGGAACUGCUGGCGCUUGAUGUGGCUCCGUUUGAGUCCAGGUUGCCGGCCCUUUGGGCGGCCGCGCUGCGCGGGAGCGCUGGCGCUCCUUUCGGCGCAGCGCUGCUUCGGAGCUACGCAGCGAUUUCGGACCUGGCUUCCUGCUUGGAAGCCCUGGUGCAGGCACUGCUCCAAGAAGGGGAAGAUUGCAAAGUCGAUCUCGUGGACUCCCCGGUCUUCCUGGAAGGCCUGGAAAAAGCGGCAAGCCAGCUGUCCACGCCGCAGCAACUGCGAGGUGGAUGGGAGCUGUUCCUCAAGCACUUGCCGAAAGACCAGGUGCCCGUUUCCUGGGCCCCACGUCUCCUCGGGCACUUGUCUGCCGGCCUGCAGCCAACGGAGCUGACCCUCGAACCGCUUCGAGACCUGUGCAUGGAGACCUUCAGCCGUGUGGAAGGGUUUGAUCCGCCACCACGCUGGCUGCAGAGCUUGCUGCUCUCGCUAUGCCGCCUUGGCCGCAAGAUCUCCGCCUUCGAUCUUCCGCCGCUGCUCCAGAAAGCUUCUCCUGUGGCGGCGAAGACGCUCAAGAACCUGGAGCAGCUAGCAGCCACGGCGUCGCAGGAGUCAGAAGCCACAGAUGAGCAGGCUGAGGCGGCUUCCGUCCUGCUGGCGGCCUUGCAGGACCACCGGCAUGCGGCGCGGAAGAAGCGGCGAACAUGCUCAGCACCCGAGGUGGCUCGGAGCUUGCUGCAGAUGAAGGCUCCUGCUGGAAGGCUGCAGCUGCUGGCGCCGACCCUCGCCGCAGUGCUGUCAGAGGAAGGCGAUGACCUCGAGGGCCUGACGCUGCGGCUGACCACCCAGGACAAAGUUGCCUGGCGUCAGCUCGGUGCCUCUGCUCUCGAUUGCACCGAGCUUCCGCCACAGCUGAGCUGGUGCCAGGAUGGUGAAGCGCUGCUGGCGGCCCCCUCGCUGCGGGCGCCGCUGCUGCGUUCCCUCGCCGAGCGUCUGCAGGAGGCUCUUCGCGAUGAGGGGCACGAGGAGAAGAAGUCCAAAAAGCGCAAGCAUGCGGCUUCACCUGGACGUCAUGAGAUGCUGCAAGGCGUCCUGACUGCCGUCUAUGCGACCCGGGCGGUGUCGCUGCGGGAUCUUCCGACAGACCUCACCGUCCAGCUGGUGGAAGGCCACUUGGCGGCCCUCAAAGCUACAAUCUCGGCUCCGGCUGCCCUGCGCGCUCUGGCACUCAGGUGCUUUGGAAGUCUUCUUCACAGGACAGCAGCGCUACUCGGCACCGCGGAACCGGCCCUGACUGAGGCAGUGGCCAAAGUCGUACCGAGCGGCACCGUUCUAACAGACUUGGCAUCUCGGCUUGCCGACGACGAGGCAUCCGUCGCCAGUGCACUGGCGGCGGCCCUGGCCGAGUUCCUGAGAUUGCGGCCGGGCGAGGCCUUCGGCUCCGCCGCGCGCCGAAAACUCGCGGCGGCCACGGCGGCUGCAGUGGCGGGCGACAGUGCGGCUCUGGACGAGGCUGGGCAGAGGGCAGUGGUGGCACUGCCGCCGCCUGCACUGCUCCUGCAGAGUGGAGGCUCGCUCCCGAAGCGCCUUCGGCUCUUCGAAGCUUUCCUUGCCGAGGGCUCCAGGCAAUCGACUCCCUUGGACCGCAGCAUCGAGAUCACGAUCCGCGAGGAUGCGCAGCGCGGAGUUGCAGACUCCGGCAUGGAGAUGGCCCUGGCGCUUUUAGCAGAGGAGGUGUCUCGAUUGACGCGGCUGGGACUUCAUGCAGCCGACAGCGUUUCGAAGCGGAGGGCCAUCCUCGUGGCUUUAGAGCAAGUUCUCCGAGCUCUUCAACAUCAAGGGACGACGCUGCGGUUUCGGCCCGCGGCAUCCCGGCUGCUUCGCCGUCUUUGCGACGCCUUCGGCCAGGGGGACGACCGAGAGCUUUGGGACCAGACGGCGGCACUGCUGCUUUCAUGGACCGAGCACCUCGCAGGGCAGGCUGAAGUAGCGGCGGCCUUCGAGGACGAGGGUCCUGCCGGAGGUGCUGAGAGCUUCAAAGCACUUGCCAAGGCCCCUGGGGCUUCUGCCGAGGAUCUGCUGCAGAGGAUCUGCUUUCGCAUCAGCUCCCGGACGGGCAAAGAGGGCCCUGCCCUGGCCGCCCUUGGGGCUGCAUCCGCCGCACUCCUCUCGGGGCUGCCGAGGACGCCAGCCCUGCAUGACGCCGUGCUCGGAGAUGCGGCCGCCGCGGCCCGUCGUCUCCUGGCGUCCGCUGAGGAGCCGGGUGUGCCAGCAGAGCACUGCGCCGCUCUCAAUGUCUCUGCCUCGAAGAUGACCCGAGCCCUGUACGUUCAUUUGGCAUCCCCCUUGAUGGCUGCCGGGCGUCACCGCCGACUUCCGCACAAGCAUCUGGCCGAUGUAGAGAGCCAGCUUCUGGAGACCGCCGCAUGCACGGCGCGGGCCGCAGUCUCACGAGGUUACCCUGCAGACUCAACGCCGGCCGGGGCUCGCGCCUUCCUGGCCUUGCAAUCUGCAGCCAACAGCCUCCUCAAG